GCACUCGGUGGGAAAACGCGACUGAAAACGGGCAGCUAUGCCGCGCGGUGCGGAAAACGGGCUGGACGCGUCCGCUUGGAACAACGGCCGGUGCACCGGAGGACCGACCCGGGGACCGCAACACCGGGACAGCCGUUGACAAGCGAGACUUUUCCCGGGGGGUGGGGGGGGGGACACCUCCCGCCGGAGCCGCUGCGAAAAUAAAAAGCAGCGAAGCGAAGUGUUCGACGAAUCCGACGCUUCUCCCCGUUUCCUUCUCCUUCUCCUCUCCUCUCCGGUUCUCCUCGUCUGUCCUCUCUUCUUUUCUCCUCUUCCCUCCUCUCCUCUCCUUCUCCUCUUCCCUCCUCUCCUUCUCCUCUCGUCUCCUCUCCUCUCCUCUCCUCUCGGCGCCGCAAGAAAACCAACAGCGACACAUCAGCAAUGUCGCUGCUAACCGUGUAGGAUUUAUUCGCGCCGUCCCCCCCCCCCCCUUUUUUUUGGUUUUUGUUUGUUUUUUUUGUACCUGUAAAUACAAGUGACCGGACACGAGAAGCGACCACCGCGGGGAAUCAGUAUGUUUUCCCCGGCUGUCCGCAGCAGGAGAUGUGUGAGCAGCUGCUGUAUGGGGACGCUGUGCCUGCAGUUGUUGCUGUGGAUUUUAUGCGCGGUGAACGGCGAGGAGCAGCCGUUUAGUGUGGAGUCAUGGCUCCAGAGGUACGGCUACCUCCCUCCUGCGGACCCCAGAAUGUCGGUCCUGCGUUCCACUCGAGUCAUGCAGUCGGCUAUCGCUGCCAUGCAGCGCCGCUACGGCCUCAACGUCACCGGCUCCCUGGAUAGCAGCACCAUGGGCAGCGAUAACACCAUAAGGUGGAUGAAGAAGCCGAGGUGUGGGGUUCCUGACCAGGUGGGAGGCGUGUCCAAAUUCAGUGUCAGGAAACGGCGGUUUGCCCUCACAGGACAGAAGUGGCAACACAAACAUAUCACGUACAGCAUAAAGAACGUGACGCCCAAAGUGGGCGCGGAGGAGACGCACGACGCCAUCCGACGCGCCUUCGACGUCUGGCAGAACGUGACGCCGCUGCGCUUCGAGGCGGUGCCCUACAGCGAGCUGGAGCGCACCAAGAAAGACGUGGACAUCACCAUCAUCUUCGCCUCAGGUUUCCACGGCGACAGCUCGCCCUUCGACGGCGAGGGUGGCUUCCUCGCCCACGCCUACUUCCCGGGGCCGGGAAUAGGAGGCGACACGCACUUUGACUCCGACGAGCCGUGGACGCUGGGCAACCCCAACCACGACGGCAACGAUUUGUUCCUGGUGGCGGUCCACGAGCUCGGCCACGCGCUGGGCCUGGAACACUCCAACGACCCGACGGCCAUCAUGGCGCCUUUCUACCAGUACAUGGACACGGACAACUUCAAGCUGCCCAUGGACGACCUGCUGGGCAUCCAGAAGAUCUACGGGCCUCCCGAUAAGCUCCCCCAGCCCACCAAGCCUCUGCCGACGGCGGCCCCUCCCCGCUCCCAUCCUCCAUCCGACCCCCGUAAGCCCGACAGGCAGACGCGACCUCCGAGGCUUCCCCCGGGAGACAGGCCGUCGCACCCCAACGCCAAACCCAACAUCUGCGACGGAGGCUACAACACCCUCGCCAUACUGAGGAGGGAGAUGUUCGUCUUCAAGGACCACUGGUUUUGGCGGGUGAGGGACAACUCGGUGAUGCCGGGGUACCCCAUGCUCAUCAGCGUCUUCUGGAGAGGCCUUCCGCCCAAGAUAGACGCCGUCUACGAGAACAGCGAUGGCAAGUUCGUCUUCUUCAAAGGGAAGCAGUUCUGGGUGUUUAAGGACACCGUGUUGCAGGCUGGGUACCCCAAGGACAUCGCCCAGUUCGGCCACGGCAUGCCGGCCCAGAGCAUCGAGACCGCCGUGUGGUGGGAGGAUGUGGCCAAGACCUACUUCUUUAAAGGGGACAGGUACUGGCGUUACAAUGAGGAAAUGAGGACCAUGGACCCCGGAUAUCCCAAGCCCGUCACAGUGUGGAGAGGCGUGCCUGAUUCGCCACAGGGGGCCUUCGUCGACAAAGCCAACGGUUUCACCUACUUCUACAAGGGCAAGGAGUACUGGAAGUUCAACAACCAGUUCCUGCGCGUGGAGCCGGGCUACCCGCGCUCCAUCCUCAAGGACUUCAUGGGCUGCGACCUGACGCCCGUGGACCCGGCCCGGCCGCCCGCCGCCGCCGACGGCUCGGACGUGGUGAUCGAGCUGGACAACGAGGCGAACGCGGUGAAGGCCGUGGCCAUCGUCAUCCCCUGCGUGCUGGCGCUGUGCCUGCUGGUGCUGGUCUACACCGUGGUGCAGUUCAAGAGGAAGGGCACGCCGCGCCACAUACUGUACUGCAAGCGCUCCAUGCAGGAAUGGGUCUGAAGGCUGGGGUGGGGAGGGGGGGGGGGGGCGGCGUGAGACAGUGGGCAAACGGGGCGAGAGCCCCCCCCCUCGCUUUCACGAGGCCACGGCUCCUCCUUCGUUUAGACCCGCAGAACCAACCUGACAGCGAGGCGGCCCCUCACACAGAAGGCGACCCCAGGACCUGAAGUGGACUCCGCUUACCCUGCGGCCUUUUUAACUAACAGGGGGAGCAGAGGGG